AUGGCGGCGGCGGUCGUUCUGGUGCAGGAGGCGGAGGGAGGGGAUGGAAGAGGAACAGCGGCGGCGGCGGCGGCGGCGCUCGAUCUGGAUUUCCGCGCGCGUGUCGCCGCCAUCGACGCAGGACGCGUCCCGCUCCCGCGCUACGCCGGGGAGGAAUCCGAGGAUGACGGUAGCGGGCACCGGCGCGACGAUCGGAAGAGCUACGAGUCGGGGAAGGAGAGGCGCAAGGGCAUCCCAUGGACAGAGGAAGAGCACAGAUUGUUUUUGCUGGGGCUGGACAAGUUUGGCAAGGGUGACUGGCGCAGCAUCUCGCGCAACUUCGUCAUCUCCCGGACGCCCACGCAGGUGGCGAGCCACGCGCAGAAGUACUUCAUCCGCCUCAACUCCAUGAACCGGGACAGGCGCCGCUCCAGCAUCCACGACAUCACCAGCAUCAACGCCGGUGACGGCGUCCCGCAGCAAGGCCAGGCCACGAAGCACCCCGCUGCCGGGAUGGGCAUGUACGGCGGGGCGCCCAUGGGCCACCCCGUCGCUGGUCACCACAUGGUCCCCGCCGCCGCCGUGGGAACGCCGGUGAUGUUCCCGCCGGGGCACUCGCCCUACGUCAUGCCUGUCGGCUACCCGGCUCCCCAGGCGAAGAUGCAUCAGUAACCAUGCCAAUGCCACACUUACUCCACUUGCUUGGUGUUGCUUCUGCUCCCCAGCCCAACAUGCAUCGCCAAAUGCCACACUUACACGAAGCAGAUCAAGCGCCUGAAAUGAACGAUGUAUAGAAGCAUUUCUCCCUUGUUAUUUCUCGAAUCUCCUUGAUUUGUUUUGUUUAGCCGUCCAUCCGUCCCUGAUCCUCUGUGUAACAGAGAUGACUCUGAGUGGAGGGACGAAGGUCCGCGAGUAAGUAAGUAAGUAAGCAUUUGCUGACUGUUGCAAGCGCCUGAAUGAUCACAGACCAGGGUAAAGGUUCAGGAAGGCGAAUGUAAUUAGCAGCAGCCUCCCCCGGUGUAUCGAUCCUUUGACCCUUGC